AUGCAAUAGCGUAAGAAAGAGUAUUUUCUCAAGACGGCUGUGAGAAAUGACCAGAAGGAGGAAUUCCGAUCGUGUUUUCUUCUGAAAUAUCCGAGACAUUAUUUGUGUAUUGGUCUCGCCCAUAAAUACACAACCCAGCAAAUUUUAUAGUUUCGGGUAUAUUUUGUUGUGAUAGUUUUAUUAAUUUUUGGGUAAUUUUUUUUAUUUUUAUUUUUUUUGCGUUUUGGGUUUGGAGGAAGCGCCGGUACGAAGUACGGUUUUCCAUGAGCUCGCGCCAACCGUACGCUUAAUUUUCGCAAGCCGACGGCGGGGGCUCUACCAUAAAUGUCUAUCGUAGAAAGCCCAACCACCGUCGAUUGCGUUCGCCAGCGCAGCGGCACAACCACCAUAGCCGCCGUCGAUCACCACCACCGGCACUCGUCUAAGCGCAAGCUGGACGAUUAUGGUGGGCCCACCUUUGACGACUUCAACGAGGAAGAGGACGACGACGCCGUUUUCUCUGACUUAGUCUCAGUCAGGAUGAGGAAAGACGGACCUAACGCCGUCAAUUCCACGUUGGACAGUGGGUUGGACGGAGGCCCGCCGUUCCCUUCCUCCGCUGCCGCCGCCGCCCCCUCCGCUUCCUCGGAGCCCGCUAGGGUUUCCGAUGCCCGAUCGGUAUCCUACGGAACGGGAACGAGCCAGUCCGAGUCGACUCGGUCCCCUUCCAUGUUGCAGUUCUUCAUCAGAAUGAUCUCCGAGGGCAAUAAUCUUGUAAUCCACGCGUGCCCUCACGACACCGUGAAAUCGCUCCACGAGCGAAUACAGGCAAUCACGGGGAUACCUCUGUUCGAGCAGAGGCUCAUAUACAGAGGAAAGCAGCUCCAGUGGGAACAGUCACUCGCCGAGUGUUCCAUCCAAAACGACGCUGGUUUGCAGCUGGUGGGUCGCAUGCGAAGUACGGAACACCCUCAAGCUUGGCAGCUCAUAGACGACAUUGUUUCCGUGGUCUGCAGGCUCUGUAAAGGCGAAUCCAUCCCUUCGGCGCAGAAAGAUAUCAAGAGCCGCAUAUCCAAGUACUUUGAAAUGAUUCCAAAAGAAGAGAAUGAAUCGGCAACCAGUCAUCUCCAGAUAUUCAUGUCUUCUUCGGCUCCCGCGGCUUUGGUGAUGCUCUACGUUUCGCCCAUUGAGGUUAACAAGAAAUGCGGCGAGUCCUCUAUCAAGCAUUUCUUGAGUUUGAGCCGCCCUUCUUUAUCGAAACAUUUGCAGAACCAGUGUGCACCUAUGGUCUUGGAGUUUUGUAAGUUGCUUAGGAGAGUUGGGUACGAGGACCCUUUGUAUAUCGCCUGCAGGAAUGCUUUGGGUUCUUUGUUGGAAAGUAUUGGCAUUUCGACUCCUGGGUUGACAUACUCUGAAAAUGUCAAUGAAUUGUUUGUGGUGCAAGAAAUUUUCCCAUUUGUUAGUGAGUUGGCAAACAGGUUGUCUAGAGAUUUGGUUUCUAGUAUGGAAUCACCCACCAGCGUUGGGUCAUUGGAGGUUGAUGUUCGUGAUUUCGCAACUUUCAUGCUUCAUUUGCGGACUGCCAUUACUGAGCAAGUGGGUUUUAAGGGUCCAAUUUCGGUGUCAAUGAGUGGGAGAGGAUAUAGGCAUCCCUUGUAUGGGGAAGAGAUUGAGUAUCUUCACCAUGUUUUUCGUGAUUUACUGAGCAAAAUGGAUCAGUGCCUUAGCUACAUGGAAAAGUGUUUGGCAGAAGGUGAUAUAACUCAUUCACGAUCGUCUGAGUACCUUGCCAUUUUGAAAGAAUUGAAUAGCAUCUCUAAACUUUAUCAGGGUGCUGAAGGAGAUUUUUGGGCUGUUUUGAGGCUUAGAAAGUUUUCACUCUGUCGGUUGAUUAUCAAACAUGCUAAGCGAACUGAUGAUCAUCGCUGGAUUCUUGAGCAAAAGGAUGUUCUUGAUUUUGAAUCCCGGAGGCAUUUGGCAAUGAUGAUGUUUCCUGAGGUGAGAGAAGACUAUGAGGAGCUGCAUGAGAUGCUAAUUGACAGGGCUCACUUGUUGGAAGAAUCGUUUGAGUAUAUUUGGCGUGCGGAUCCGGAGUCACUUCAUGGAGGUCUGUUUAUGGAGUUCAAAAAUGAGGAAGCUACGGGCCCAGGUGUUCUGAGGGAGUGGUUUUUUUUGGUAUGCCAAGCCAUAUUCAAUCCACAAAAUGCACUCUUUGUGGCAUGCCCUAAUGACCGCAGAAGGUUCUAUCCCAAUCCUGCUUCUCAGGUGGAUCCAAUGCACCUCAAGUAUUUUACCUUUGCUGGUCGGGUGAUUGCAUUGGCCUUGAUGCACAAAGUGCAAGUAGGCAUAGUCUUUGAUCGAGUGUUUUUUAAGCAAUUGGCUGGAAAUUUUUUAAUCUCUUUGGAGGAUGUACGUGAUGCUGAUCCAUGCUUGUAUAGUAGCUGCAAGCAGAUACUAGAGAUGGAUGCCGAGUUCAUUGAUUCGGAUGCUCUUGGAUUAACAUUUGUUAGAGAAGUUGAAGAGUUAGGAUCCAGAAGAGUUGUAGAGCUUUGCCCUGCUGGGAAAAGCAUUCCUGUGGACAGCAAGAACAGGAAAGAUUAUGUCAAUCUUCUUAUUGAGCAUCAGUUUGUCACAUCCAUUGCUGAACAGGUAUCACAUUUCAUGCAAGGCUUUGCUGACUUGCUUUGCAAUUCACGCCUCCAAAAGUUCUUUUUCCAAAGCUUAGAGCUUGAAGAUCUUGACUGGAUGCUAUAUGGAAGUGAAACUGCUAUUAGUGUUGAAGAUUGGAAAGCUCACACUGAGUACAAUGGCUACAAGGAGACUGACUCGCAAAUAGUCUGGUUCUGGAAGUGGAUGUUUUGAUGUGGAGCCUGUUUUGUUUGAAUUGAGGAAUUUAAAGAAUUUUUGGAUGUCAGCAGAACAUAUAGGUUCAUAUCAGUUGCUUAUGACUGACCAUAAUUCUCCAAUUGAUUGUAUUUUGAGGGAAAGGUAUUUUAUGGUGUCUCGUGUCUGCCAUUUAUGGUGUCUGGUGCCUGUUAUUUGCUAAUUAGAUAGUUUCACAUGUGAUGGAAGAAACCAUGAAAAAACCAUGUGGAGAUGCUUUGCAAUUAAAGGGAACUUUUGGUGGAUGGGAGGAACCUUUUCUAGAAUAAAUUUGGAUAUUUCAAACUGUAUACAUGAGGUUGAAUAGAGAAUUACAGCAAUGGAUACAAGAAGAUUUGUGUAAUGGUAUAUAUGUAGCCCAUGCCAAAUUCUAUGUUAUUAUUGGUAGGAUUUCCUUGAGCUUCAAUCAAAAGUAGUUUUAUUUUGCAUAUGAUUUAUUGAAUGGCUUCUGUAUCAACAAUUGUUUUAUAUUGCAUCUGAACUAUUGAGUGCCAAGUAUUUCUAUCUGUUCUCUGAUUCUUGGAAAGAUACAAGAUUUAUAAGGAAUGACAUCCUAACAAAAUGAAAGGAUGGGUUUGGGCUAAUGGUGUGUGGGGGGGUGAAGAAUCUAUAGCAACCAUUUUCAUAUAUUGUUGUGUAAACCUGAUGCAUUAGUUUAACUGGCACUAAUUGAAAGCUUUAUUUUUUAUUAAUAACAAAAAUUUUGUCUAUGUAAUGCCUAACUUUUUAGCAAUUUGGUGUUGAAACUAAAUUAUGUCC